AUUUUCAUUAAUCUAACGGGAAAUUGUGAUUUCGUAAUGGAAGCACUGGUUUGUUUCGGUCAAUGUUCGGUUAUGGUUCGGUUCAGUGGUUCGGUUACUUCGGUUCUUGUCGGCCAUUUUAUCUGCGUUGUGUGUGAGUUGUGUGAGACUGUGAGUGUAUAUACCUCAUCUGUAUUUGCAUCAUAUCGGAACGCAAGAACGGCAGAUUUGUCAAUAGAUUGCAUUGGCAAUUCCAAGCUGGCUUACCUUUACCACAUUUUAUUUUAAGCUUUACUGCCUGUUGCUCGACUAGGUCACAGACAACAAAGGUUUAUAGAAUUCAGACUGCCAGAAAUGGCCAACGUCGAUAUUCGUCUUGGUGAUAAGUCUGACUUACCAGCGAUUUUAGAAUUGUCUAAGGGUGUCUAUGGAGGUCAUGACUACUUCAUAGGCGAGUUCUUGAACUAUUUAGAUGACCCAAAUCGACGAAUUUUGAUCGCAGAGAAAGAUGGUAAAGCUGUUGGCUUGCAAGUCAUACAUAUUAUCGACGAUGGUGAAACGGCUAUUGCUCAAUCUCUUCGUGUACAUCUCGAAUUUCGUCGUCAAGGAAUUGGUAAGAGAUUGAUUCAAGAAUGUCGCAAUUAUGUGAAAAAGAAUUUUCCGCACGUUAAAUUUGAGAAGUACUCCACAGGAACAGUAGAACGUUUGGGAAUACAAAAGAAAUCAGAUGAUGUUUUAUUCCACCAAGUUGCAUUUUUUGGUUGUUUCGUGGAGGGUAACGAAUCAGAAAUGAGCUCUCGGCUUGCAAACGUCUCAACUCAUCGCUGUACUGCCUUAAAACAGUUAAGCAAACCUGAGUUUGAAUGUCUCUUAAAUCAAGGAAAGUUUGGAAACACUUUGUCCAGAGAUAUGUUUAUUGUAAAUUGGCAACCGUUCAAGGCUCUUGCGUCUAACAUUCCCAAAGGCUUACUUAAGGAUGGUGACACAAUAUUCACUUCUUAUUCUGGUGAAUCCGUCCAAUCAUUAAGUCACUCGCGCUGGUGUCCAAUUGACAAAUGUCCUCAAUUCAUAACCGUGUGUUACACACUGGAUGAAGAAUUUCUUAAAAUUCAUCUCAUCAGGCAGUUGGAAGGCGCUAUUCAGCAACACCCUGGAGAAACAUUUAUUUUUCUUCCCCUCGUGGAUACGUCGCUCGUUGAUUGCACAUCACAAAUUUUGUUCAGGGAUCUGUCGUUGAAAAAUUAUUUUGCAGAAAAGGAAUAUACUAUUUUAAAUUUUUUUGAAAAAUCUCUUAUAUAAUGUAAUUAAUGCUCUUUGAGACUCAUGACUAUCCUAAGGAUGUCGUGAUCGUUGUCGGCUGAAGUCGCAGAGGAAUCUCUUGGAUUCGCUAUAUACUGCCAUACUCUGCAGUCUGGAGCAUGUAAAAUACUUAUAUUAAACAAUUAUUGGAUGAGGUUUUUGUGAUAUGCAGAGUUAUCAAGGUCGAGGAAAGCGUUAUCAGCCGAGCCGGAGACGAGGCUGAUAACACUUACCGAGACCUUGAUAACUCUGCAUAUCACAAAAACCGAAUUCAAUAAUUGUUUUAUUAUACAUUUGAGGGGUAGUAAACGUAGUGUUGACUGUUGACGAAUGAAAAACCUUAUUUAAUAGCAACAUAAUUGAUUAAUACAUAAAUACAUUCAAAUGAUACCGCUUGAUAACCACCGCAGGCUCACUCUGCUAGCAGAUAACUGAAUUUUGCGUGAUUGCGCGAUUUAUCUGUGAACUAUUAGCCAAUCAAAUUGCUUAUGCUACUAUAAUGUAUAAUAUUAGUUAUAAGUCGUUUCUAACAAUUUACAACCGUAUAAGUUGUUCCUCUUAAGCCUGUUUUCCACUAGCGUUAUUUUUCGCGCGAAGCGACUUUAUUCUUUUGUAUUAGAGCAAUUUGUUCCAGAUGGUUGCAGUUGAGAGCUCUGAGACAAAAGUAAAAUGUCGCUUCGCGCGAAAAAUACCGCUAGUGGAAAAUCGGCUGCUCUUUGUGGAUUUCUGUAUUUGCGACCCAAGUUUAUCCGUGCUCUAACUUACCGAUAUAACAAAGGCCGAGUACGCCGUAUAAAAUAGGUAUACAGAAACCCAUUUUAGCUGCAUUGUGCCAAUAAAUCGGGCCUAUAGCCUAGUCGAGUUCUGGAAUAUGCCGCAUUAUACAGGGUGUAUCAAAAAAAAGGUAAUCCAACUUUGGUGCGCUAUUGUACGUGAAUUACUCAUUCUAUUAACGAAUUUUUUUCACAUUCCGAAAGGUUAGGCUUUUAACCAUCGAAUGACAUGUUUUUGAUAACAAAU